UGACCAGCAGAUUGCUUAUUAUUGUUUACAAAACGCGCAAUUCCCGUCAAAAUAAGGCAGAUAAAACAGUGAUAAAAGUCGCGCGGCCAGUGGGAAAAUGCUGCUGAAGGCCUGCUAAGACAAGCAGCAUUUGCUGCUCGAAGGCAGUGGGUGCAGAAAGUGUUUUCCACCCCGCCCAACCACUUGUUGUUGUUGGACUUUGCCGCCGCCCCAUAUAACACCAUCCAUUAUCCACUAUCCAUUAAACUCGCAAGAUUUCUCAUUCGAUGUCGAGUGGAUCCGGAAUCGGGGCAAUCAGGGCUGUUCACCCAAAUCACAAUUCGGGGAUUUCGACGUAAGCUGUCACACAUUGUCAAAUUCUCAUUCCGGAACUUGGAAACGUCGUAACGCCAGCAGCAAUCUCGAAUCUGGACAAAUAUUAAGCAGCACAUUAAAAAGUCAGCACUAACCCAUAUCUCGAAUCAAGUUGGUGAUUACCGACUGUUCAGUUUAUUGCCCGCCGUCAAGUGUCCAGCAGUUGAAUCAUCUACAUUCCACAAUGGCAGGGCAGAGCAAGCUGAUCAACCCACUGUCCAUCACCUGCAAGGAGUUCCAGCAUCCAUGGACGGACCACUGCAUCAGCGCAACCGCAGGAAUCCUGCUCUCGACCACACCCUACUGCUUAAGGGUCUACACAAUAGUGUACGCUUUGUCGCUUCUGAUGCGCCACCGCAUUCCCAGUCGCGAGGAUCUGCGCAAGACACUGCUCGGCAUCAUCCAGUCGACGGCCUUCCUGGUGACCAACGCCUACACCUUCAUCCUGUACAACUGCGCACUGCGGCACUUGAUGGGCAGCUAUCACUUCUCCACGGUGGCCUUUGUUCCAUGCUUUUUCGCCUCGUUUUCGGCCAUUCUGGUGGAGCGACCUGCCCGCCGUCCGCUGCUCACUCUUUACGUGGCCAAUGUGGCCACGGAAACGCUCUGGAAGAUGGCCGAAUCGAGGGGCUGGGUGCGCUCCAUACCGAAUGGACAGACACUCAUCUUCGGGCUGAGCAUGUCGGCGCUGCUCUACCUGUAUCGAACUGGUGCCGCCAAGGACUCCAUCUUCAACAUUCUGCGGAUUUUCGUGGGCAAGGAGGAGGCGGGACCGGUGGCCAAGUCAGGUCCAGCAGUUCCUGGCGAGCAGCCCGCUCCCACCCGGCGACGUCCCACCGUCAGCUUCUCCUCUGUCUCUGACUUUGUGCGCGUCUACAGCAGCCUGAUCCGCGCCAAACAUGACAGCUGUCGGCACCAGCAGAGCUGCAUCGGCAACUCACUGAUCGGUGGCAUCAAACCCUUCGUGGGAGGAGUGGCACUUCAGGUGGCUCUGAAGCUGGUGAUGAACGUGAAACGAAUCACGGAUGAGAAGAUGGCCUGGAAGAAGCAGAUUUUCAACCGUGGCACCCUGCAGCUGGGCAUCUUCAUGGGCAGCUUUUCGUUCCUCUAUAAGGCGGUGUCCUGUUUGCUGCGGCACAGUUUCAACCGGGAUGAUGCCAGGUUUGCCAUUCCUGCCUCAUUGAUAGCCUCCGUGGCCUUCACUCAAUAUCCUGAUAACACGGUGGCCUUGUAUGUCAUGUGGAAGGCGCUGCAGAUCCUGUGCACUAUGGGUCAGGAGCGAGGCAUUCUGCCGCGCAUUCCCCACUUCAUGCUGUUCCUGUACUCCUUCUUCACGGCUGUACUCUUCCAUGCGGGCAUCCUGGAGCCCAAGAACCUGCGUCCCAGCUACUUUAAGUUUCUGCAGGCCAUCUCGGGCGAUCGAUUAACCAAAUUUAAUUUGAGCGCCUUUGAUGUUUUCGGACUGAGCAGUCAGCAGCAGGCGUGGGACACCAUGAAAAAACUAAACAUUGUGGAGAAGUCAGCGCUGCCCGCCUUCGCAUUUGCCUCCUGAGCCAACAGUAGCGGAAUUUUUUAGACUUGUCUGCUUUACUGGAGGCCCCAUUAUAUCUCCAUAUAUCCGUGUUUUACAGCGAGUUGUAUAUACGUCAAGAGUCUCCCGCGCUCAAAGAGCGGCCAACGAUUACUAACCUAAGCUAGUAUGGGUGGAAUUGUAAAUUAUGUUUUAUUACUUGGUACCAAUAAAUCUUUCAAAAAUGUAAA